GUGAUUAAAAAGUUAAACUUAUAUUAUUAAGGGAUAAUUACCCGAGUAAACCCGGGAAUUAUCCCGUCUAAAAUUGUUACACUAUUAUAAGUAGGGUUGUAGUCAAACGGGAAUAUUAGGGAAUAUUAGUGGGAAUAUUAAGUAGUUAAAUGUAAUGUCUUUGUUAUUAAUGGGAAUUUAUAUAGUAAUGUCUAAGUGAGGGGAACUUAUAUAUUGUAGAGUAAGGCUUGUGUGCACACGACACUCAUUGGUGUCGUCUGCAAACAAUAAGACCUAUUGAUUCAAAAGCAUAUAAAUACUGAGGUACUUCUCAUUGAAGAGUCACUCAAGUGUUGAGCUAAGACUUAAACUGGUCAGCUCAAGAGCUAUAGAGUUUAGACUUUAAACAGUUAACUCUAAAAGUAGCUAAAGCUCUGCCUGGACUGGCAGGCCUUUGCUAUGCAUAAACUUGCAUAGCAUUGGUCAGCAGUUCCGGGCAGUGCAGGGUUGUUAUAUUUUAUGUACUGAUGUAUACUUAUAUUUAAUCAAUUAUUAAUAAACAAUACUUUUAAUUAUUAUAAUGUGUGUACCAUUAUUCGGAUUACUUCAUUGUGUUAACUGUGAUAUUAAGGAUUACUAAGACUUUCAACAAGCGAUCAUUGGCGAGAUCUAUCAGCGGACGGAUCUCGGGUUGUGUGUGUCUACUAUGGUCCGGGACUAACAGCGCAUAUAGUGGACAGAAAAGACGGCAACACAACACAAUAUUACAAUAGUUCAGUAUAAUAUGAUGUAUCGAUUGGCACAGAAAUAUCAUUUGAAAACUUUUGUAAACUGUAUGUAUAGCUUAUUAUUAUCAGUUGAACCAAUCGAUAAAUAUUUUAAUCGUCGGCGAUUGUGGACAUCAGCACCAGUGAUAUGUAUGCGAACAGUUCGCAUGGAUGCCAGUGUCGAUGAUAUUGAACGGCAAAACCAUUACUGUAGGCCAUGGGUUGUCAAAGUAUUUGUACCCUUAUAUGAAUUAAAUAAUCAACCAAUAGGAAAGGCAGGCACCGGCUUUAUUGUUGACUACCUGACGGGACUGGUUAUCACCAACUAUCAUGUGGUGGCCGACAAACAGGAUGUGAUCAUGAGUUUUGCGGAUUUGUUUAACGAAUCGGAUGUAAUUGAGGGGAAAAUGUGGUCAAAUAAGGUCGAUAACAAAAUAACCGGUCGUGUAGUCUAUGUUGAACCGCAAUACGAUUUGGCACUCAUACGUAUGUCACACUAUGUGUCUAAUUCAUUGUCCAGUUUAGAUCUGUCCGAAACCGAUGCCGAAGCCGGCGACGAAUGUAUGACAAUAGGCUGUCCUAAAAUCCACAAUACAAUGGACUACGGUUUAGUUUGUUCAGCGCCCUGUAAGGUAGAUUUGGGUCACGGAUGUCUAGUGAGCGCUUGUGAUAGAUAUCUUGAUCCGAGUCAAACGUUUACCGUUCAUUCGUCUAGCGGUUCGCCCGGUUCGUCGGGUGCUCCCAUCGUAAAUAUGGACGGACUGGUUAUUGGUGUACUUUCUUCUGGUAAGGACAGUAAGAUAAAUAUUGCCGCCAAAGCAACUGAUGUUUACGCAUUCUUUCAAAGAGGUCAACAAUAUAUGAACAAUGAAUUCAUUGAUAAACAAAAUGAUAGACAAAAACGAUUUGAAAGAUCAUUCAGUUUAGGCGUGAUUUUGACGGCAUUUAUAGUUAAAGGGUUUACAUAUAAUGCCACACAAGCCAGAAAAUCGUUAAAAUUGAAUGACAUUAUAAAAUCAGUAAACGGCAUACAAUUGACAGAUUUGAAUCAAUUGACGGGUGCUUUGGAUAACAUUACAAGUGAUAACCAGAUUAUUCAUCUAACUGUGCAAAGGGUGUCAAUUGCUAAUGAUUUAGCCGUUGAUAUUAAACCACAAAUCAAUAAUAAUAAUGAAUUUUAUUUGUAAUUAAUUACAGUUAACUUAACUACAAUUUUAAU